GUCCCGGCCCCGACCGACUCCGACCGUUCCUGGUUCUAGCGAAAGGAAAAAUCCCCCCUCCCCAUAUCAAAACGGAAUUUCUGAUGCUGGAUUUGUGUACACAAAUCAGCUUUGUGCUGCAGGAAGGCAUUGCGGCCAGAUCCCCAGGCUGGCCGGGGCGUAUGGGUCUAGUUGUUCAGCAUGGCAAACGGCUCCCCUUUAGGCCCAACAGCAUGACAAACCGCUUCGAUAAUGGGACGGAAGCUUCUGCCCUUGUCUUGUUGCAAGACAAAUGUGAUCUGUGACCUCAAAUCAGCAACACAAAACUUCGGAAACAUACCUUUUCAAUAUGGGGAGGGGGAGUUUUUCCUUUCAAUAGGAUCGCGCGGCACGCCACACUGCAGCACCUCAGCCUGAAAACCAACUACUUCAACCUGGAGGCCUUCGUGCCCCACCUGCUACUCCAGUGGGGCAACUUGAAGCAGUUAGCACUGCUGGAACCGCUGUUGGCCAUCGUUGCCAUGACGUCCGACGACCACGAGGUCGCGGUGUGGACCUACGUGACC